CGCUCACCCUCUUCCUGGACUUUGCGCUCUCGGGCGCCGACAUGGACGCGAGCGAGAAGGCCACUCCCACCAACUACGUGGUGCACCUGCUCAACGUCACAGGCGCCUGUACGGGUAUCCUGUCAGAGGCGUGUGUGCGGCUGUACGGACCGGUGGGCUGCUUCUUCAUGACCAACUCGCGAUCCGGGGGCUCACCGCCUGACGCCUCCUCCUCAUCCUCCUCCGCCUCAUCAUCAUCAUCGGCCUCCUCCUCAUCAACCUCGCCGCCGCCGCCGGUGGCCCCGGCGGCGCCGCAAGAGUUGCUAGCGUCCCAGCUGAACCCAGGGUCGGAAGGCGGAGAGGGACAAGUGGGGCCGGACGGUGGCGCAGUAGCAGUGACCCAUGGGUCGCGGCGUCAUCUGCUGCUGCCGCUGCUGGUGGGCAUUCUGGGCG